GUUUCUCCCUGGGGCCUUCACUCGCCUCGCCUCCCUAUCUUCUCCUCGCCCUGUUUUCACGACGACGAAAUAGGCUACUAAUACGAGGCACCGCUAAGCCGAAUCCACGCCAACAUGCGAGCUUCACCCCCUGUCGGGAUUGUGGGGGCUGGAACGCCUAAUCGUCCCUCAAGCUUACAUUGGCCCUGGCUACGGCAUCCCUCACUCUUCUCCGCAAUUAAUUACGCGAAUGGGAAAUAUCAAGAUUGGACGAGAGGAAGACGAUCCACUGCCGAGUCGUCGCACAACAAUCAUAGAUGGGAAGGCAUCAAUUUACACCGGUGUGAAUAUGCGGAGUUCUAUGUGCCGUGCUUGCUAUGCGGAGUGUGUUACGAUGGGCGGUAUUGGCGACAUAUUAUCAAAAAUCUUCUACACCGGGCCCUGCCUUUCGGAUACGUCAAAAUGCCGCGCCUGCGCUUCCCUUGGCUGAAUCGCAAAAUUGUCACGUCUACAUCAACUAAGCCACUACGCGCUGCCCUCCACCGCUGUCGCACGCCCGGGGCAUUGUACCGUACGUGGAGGAUUUCUAUAUCUUCCAUCCGACCCACUCGCCCCCGGCUGGUGCUAUUCGAUCGCAAAUCGGGCCCAUACUGUCGCAGUUCGCGAUACCAAGUGUCAAGGGCGCCUCCACCCGCGAAAUGUCGAGACAGCGAUUACAGGGGAGUCCUUUGAUGCGCGAGUAGUUUGAAUUUGCUUGAGGCACCGGAGGGAGAAUGAUGCCCCAGGCACCCUGCCGGUUGCUAUAUGGAUAGAGGC